AGACGUUUGCGUAGCGAAGUUCGUCGUCCUGCUUUAAGUUCCCUUUUUGAGUUGUGUCUAUUGGUUUUAUUUGCAAAAUAAAAGUUGCCUAGAAUAGUUUAUUCUCGCUUGAUUUUCACUGUGUUGUGUGGUAAAUUUUAAUUUAAUUAAUACCGAUUGCAUAUACCGAAGUGUGUUUAAUGAUACAUGAGAAAAGUUCGUUCAUGGUGAAAGAAGAAACUUGGUGCUAUGGUUCUGGUUAUAGUUGUAGGGUUUACUGUUUCUCCAACUAGAAUCUAAGAAAAAAAUCGCGUUGGAGCCUACUGCUCCGUUUUUUCUUUCGCUGCUGGCCUUUCUGGUCGAUGAAUAAAAAGAAGGUGUAUUUAUUCAACUAAUAAGAAGUCGUGGUGUGCAAGCAGACCAGCCAACAAUUUUGCUGGUGUGAGUUCAAAGAAAGAAGCAAAAAAGGUGUACAAAUCGAACAGUGCAGAAGAAGAGUAGUGGGCCGUGGUGUUAGCCACCGGUCUGUCGAUUCCGUCGUGUCGUGGCUCUUAAUGGAAUGGGGUCCAACAGGCAUUCGUCUGCUUAAAGUGUGCUAAAGAAGGGAAAAUCAAAACGUAUUGAAAUACGAUAACAGGGAGAGUUGCUUCUUGCAAGAAGGUGCACAUAGGUAGAAAUCAAAAAGUUGCACGAAAGCGAGUGAGUGCGUAUCUGUGGUUGUGUCAUUUUCGAGUUUUGUUGGCGACCGUCGUGGAAGCUACCACCAGCCCUCAACCUAAUCAGCAACAUUCGGAUAGCACGAAUAUACUAAGUUUUUGCAUUGAAUGGGAAUCACGUUAGUUUUCAGUGGACGAAGGCAGUUUUUUCGCUGAAACAAAUAGCCACUUAGCCUUAGGACGAUGCUGAGGUUUCUAAGCCGUCGUAAGACCCGCAGCCCCCCUGGUUCGGAUACGACUAACAGUCAAAUAAAAUCACAGCGGAUACCGUCGAACAAAAAUCUAGUUCCAUGUCGUGUGAUAUUGCUGGAUAAUACGGAUCUGUCAGUGGAUUUAACGAAAAAAGCGUUAGCGAAUGAUUUGUACGAGCAAGUCUUCUAUUCGCUGGACCUAAUCGAAAAGGACUACUUCGGUCUCCAGUUUACCGAUGCAAAUAAUGUCAAACAUUGGUUAGAUCCAACGAAAGCCAUCAAAAAGCAGGUUAAAAUCGGCCCACCAUAUACCCUUCGGUUGAAGGUCAAGUUUUACUCGUCAGAGCCAAACAUUCUACGAGAGGAGCUCACAAGGUAUCAGUUCUUUCUCCAGCUUAAACAAGACCUGCUAGAAGGUAGACUGGAAUGUCCGGACCAACAAGCAGCAGAACUGGCCGCUUUAGCCUUACAAUCUGAACUGGGUGACUAUGAUGAAACGAUACACAGCGCAGCAACUGUCUCUGAGUUCCGGUUUGUACCCAAUCAGACUGAGGAGUUAGAAAUCAUGAUUUUGGAUGAAUUCAAGAAAUGUGUUGGUCUAACACCGGCUCAAGCCGAAACCAGCUUUUUGAAUAAAGUUAAAUGGUUGGACAUGUAUGGAGUGGAUAUGCAUACCGUUUUGGGCAAAGAUGGUUGUGAGUAUCAUCUGGGUCUCACACCAACCGGAAUACUCGUAUUCGAGGGCAUCCAAAAGAUUGGUCUUUUCUUCUGGCCGAAGAUUGGGAAGCUUGAUUUCAAGAAGAAAAAAUUAACUUUAGUGGUUGUGGAGGAUGACGAUCAUGGCCGGGAGCAAGAGCACACAUUUGUUUUCCGACUGCAUAAUGAGAAGGCCUGCAAGCAUCUGUGGAAAUGUGCAGUCGAGCAUCAUGCCUUCUUUCGAUUGCGCGCUCCGGUAAAAGGACCUUCAGCGAGACAGAACUUUUUUCGGAUGGGCUCUCGCUUCCGAUACUCUGGAAAAACAGAGUUCCAGACAACGCAGCAGAACAGGGCUCGGCGGACGGUACAAUUCGAGCGAAGACCAUCACAGCGUUUUGCUCGCCGGCAAUCGCACGUUCUUCGAGAAAGGCAAAAACAGGUUUGUCCUGAGCAGCUGUCUUCACAACCCGGGAGACAGCAAUCCCCUUCCGUUGACGACACUCAGAACUCCACAUCGGGAACAUCUACUCCUUCAGCGAGCACGGUGAUACACAAUCAUAUUUCAGCAUCAGCAAGCAGUACUUCCGACAUUGGAGUGCAUGUGGUUAAUGGAAAUCUUCCGUCACUUUGCUCGAAUAAAUCUAUUUCUUCUAGUGAAGAUGUUACUUACGCCAAGUUGGGCUCGUUUGGCAAAGCUGGAAUUUCCUAUAAACCUGAAGAAUCUGUUGGAAAGCUUAUCGAUCAUGACGUUCCUUGCAUUCGACCACCCGGUCAUCAUCACGGAGGAUCUUUUGGGAAAGCAUCCAUUUGCUCUGGGUUCAGUAUCAAAACGAACUCAUCUGAUAGAGAUAGCCAGUUGGACACUCUGAUGAAGUCGAUUGCAAAAGAUCCUGCUUCGUCCUUGCUGAAUGAUGCUAGUAGUUUCAAAAUUACCAUCAAUAAAACUUCCGAAUUAGAAACAAACAACGAUACGUUAAAAAAGCUGGCAGUCAGUCCAACUGAAAAGCCUAACAAUCAGAUAAAGCUUUCGAACGCAGUAGUGACUCCCCUACCACCGGGCCAGAUUAAGUGCAAUAUUCUUAAAGCACGCGUUGAAGAAGAGCUUCAUCCCAAACUAACAAACCAUCAACUGUACGUACCGAGUCAACUAUUAAGUGACGGUCCGGAUUCAUUGAAUGCAGCGACAUUCGUAUCGGUGGGCGGUGAUAAACUAACCUUGAAUCUAACGGGGACCACCACUCCAACUGUCAGCGGCUAUACCACGAUCACCACCAUGAUAGCAAGUCCGACGUCCAUAACACCGACGUCUCCAGUUCAGCCAAUGAAAACCUUCCUGCCAAUCACCCCGCCACCGUCACUGGUAUCGACUACGAACACUGUAACAGCACAAAAUAAUCUGCCCGAUCAAAGUUCCCUCCCGAGCAGCUCAGGCGCGAAUGAUAAUGUAACUGUAACCCACUUCUCGGAACAAAAGGGCGGCGUCGUUGAGAGAAUUAGCGUCCCAUCUGCUACUCCUAAUUUACUGGAUACAUCUGUACCUUCGGAAAAACUAUCGAACAACAAUCCAUUCCUCAGCAUAUCUAACCCAUCAUCUCCGACAGUCCCAGUAGCAACCAGCAAGACAUCAACCAAUCCUUUCCACAAUAUUUCCACCUCCUCCUCUAGUAGUUUGGGAAAUUCCGAGACCGCUUUGAACACGAUCGAUACCAUCAGCAGUCCAAGCUCACCCCAGUUGCCACAACCAACUGAGUUCAAAAGCAGUAAUCCGUUCAAAGACAGUAGCACUAGGGCUCGUAGCAAAUCACCCGUUUUGACGAAGCCUUCUGGCGAGAGCAGGGGUACGUCGCCGAGCGAAAAGCGCGCCUCAAAUACGCCUAUUAUGGUUGAUUUGAAAGAACUCAAGAGGGCUCCAAGUUUCAACAAGGCACGAAAAGUAGAGAUACCAAUGGUGGUUGCCGUUAAAGAUGUCACGGAAACUUUGACAACCGGAAAUAAUCACGAUGGCAGUGCUGCGGUUGUGGAGGAGAAAAAUCUGCUCAAGGAAGCCCUCAAGGAGAACAUCAAACCUCAUUCGAUGGACAUUUCACCCUGGUUGGUAUCGUCUGAUGUGGUAACCGGUUCUACCAAGACUAAGGAAGCUACUAUAAUUCGCAAGUCUGUCAUCACUACGCAACUAUAAAGGGAUAUAUAUAGUACUGAUCAGCUUUUGCUUCUUUUCAUGAGUGAUUUAGUUGUACAGUGUAAAUUAGAGUUGCUAUCAAUGAUACUAGUAACUAGUAGCUCUUAGCAUACCGUGCUUGUUUUUAUUGUAUAUCGAUUUGACGAAUUCUCGUUUUGCACUGAAUGAAUACUUAACUGGUGAACACUGGUAACACUGGUGAAUACUUAACGAGAUAUAAAUAUGUCUUUUUAUUGGAAUAUGCUCCAUUUUAAAUUUGCGUACAACGUAGCCUAUCUCAUAAAUCAAAUUUACAGAAACGUUUUAUGUUUGUAAUAGAGUGCUAACAGAAUCAAAACUUAUAUGGUUACUUAUUUCAACAUUCGGUGACCACCCCAUAGUUAUUUAUCAUAGUAUUGACUAAGAUAUCCGUACAUUUUGAUAAAAAUGCAGCUUCCGCAUGAUUAUUGUAGCCGAUAUAGUAUUAAAUGAUCUCAACACAUUCCACAACCAGCUGUCACAAGUUUAAGUCGACGAAUAAUGUGUUAGCGUGUCUAAUCGGAUCACCGCAUAAUUGGUGCUUUCGAUCAACAAUCAACGUACUUUCCUUUUUACUUAUCCACAAGCAUAGAUACUUAGAACAUACGCAUGCUCUAAAGUGAUAUAGCGCAUACAUCGAAUAUGCUAAACUACCGAGAAUUUGCGCUUUACGCACCUUCCUGCUGUGCCUUAAAUAUCCACAUUUGUAACCGAUAAAAUACACAACCGAGAGAGCACUCAUAGGAAUCUGGUGCCAUUUUGUUAGAAUCAGAAUAGUUCGUGUGACAUUUUGGUGUGAAGAUAUGGUAAAUCAUUUUUUCCGCAGUUAUUGCAGAAUGAAAAGAAAACGGCCAAUGUUCGCGAGAACGCGAGAAAUGAACGAGAAUAACUUCAGUAUGCUAAGUAUUUAUUUAGAACUUUGUUAAUCUCCGUCCGUUCUAUCCAGACAGGAUUAGAAGGGAACGUGACUUUUUAUUUUAAUGAGCUGUAAUAAAAACAAAAGAAAUGUUUAUGAAUUCGAAAAACAUCGAAAUAAACUAAGAAUUAUAUAACUGACGAUGUAUUCAACAACCGUGUGAACAAUAAAACUGAUAAAAAAUAAGUGAAACAGUUAAGUGAAACAAAGUUAGAAUUCAAAUCAAAAUUUUUAUCUAUUUCAUAUACCAGAGAAUUUUAAAAACAUAUAAUAGAAAAGUAUUUUUAUGUAUCUACAACUUAUAUAGCAAAAGAUGAAUGCGAAUACGUCUCCUAGAAGAACGUAGUGAUUUGUUUUUUGGUUCAAAGAAUGAGAGAGAACAAAUUGUACUUAACGAAACAAUAAACCCCUGUUGACUGUUGGGAGGAAACGUUUCUUUAAACGACAUUUUAUGCAAAUAGUGCAGCUCAGUGAUUGAUUGUGUAAUAAAACGAUGUA